GGUAGUUGGAACGAGUUGAUCAAGCAAUUGACAGUACUGGGUACAGGUACGGUCAAGUCGAAGCUCGAACGUCACUCCAUCCAAUAUGGGUGGUGAACGGAAUCGUGGAAGCCAUGGCGGUAUGGGGCAGCCUUUUGGUGGCGGGAAGGCGAGCUGGAAGAAUACCAUCUGGGGUGACAAUCUAGGAGACCAGCAUGCUGGUGAUAAGGCCUUUGAAGGCAAGGCCGGCUCCAGCUCUUUGUUGUCAUCGUCCGAAUCGGAUGGGUGGAACGGUCGCCCUAAUAUGCCUUGGAGUACCGUGAAUACAUCUUCAAAUGUUCUCGCUAGAGCGACAAAUAACAGUAUGACAACAUCGCCCAUACAAACACGGGCGGGUGACCGUGGAACAGGUAGCCUUGCAGAGGCCGGUGACUCCUCGUACUUUACAUUACCCCGAUCGGCGGCAAUCGGCGGCACUGCUGGAUCGACAAAUCAUAAGGCGUAUCUCAACACCGGAUCGGAGGGUAUUUCUCCUUCUGGAGAAGGUAUCGCAUUUUCUGGGUUUGGGAAUUUCAGAAAUACAGAGAGCCGGCGACAUGUCAACGCUUCUGCCUUUGGGGGUAGCCCUGUUGGAUCUGUGUUCCCGAUGAAACCAGGAUUUUCCAGCCCACUCGAGAGUAGUAGACCGGAUGAAAUGCCGCCUAUGUCUGCUUUGCCCCAGGGCUUGCCCGAGACUGUCGCGCCGACUCUCGGCCGCAACUCUUAUACGCAUGCGUCACACAACUCGGCAUCCUUCGCGCCUCAGAGACCAGUACAUUCUUCAUACCCAUCGUUUCAUUCCGAGAGCCAGGGAUUCGAGGGUCGAUAUGCCGGCGGCCCUGCUGACAUCAAUUCUGGUCUAAGUAAACUCCACUUCACCGAAGGUAGCUACUCCGCACAUCCUUCCAGUACCCGCCCCGGGUAUUUGUCGCACCCAUCUUUGGAUGGUUCUUUCCAGCGCUUGAAAUACCAGGGUGAAGAGCCCGCCUAUCAAGGGGCUGGCUACGCAAGUGAAGGCACUUCAGAUGUUCAGCUCGGAUACCAAGCUCCGAGAAACCGAAUGGGAGAUAAUCAGAUCUCGCCGACAGAGUAUGCCAGGGUGGAAAGCCCACUGUAUGCUGCGCUUGAUAAUGGGUCUGUGCACGUUCCACAUUAUAACAAUGCGUCUGCUCGUUUAUCUGACGCACAGGCUGCUGCUUUGGAGCGCCGCCUGCGAGAGCAGGAGCUGGCUCAACAAGCAAUCAACCCGCUUCAAAGACUGCCAUUCACCCCUUACGACCUUGCUCGCUAUCCAGGCACAGGAAUAAAUGCUUUGUCAGGAUUCUAUCCGGUCGCCCAACUUGGCGCAGCCGCCCUGGCAACUAGGGGCCACCGCGACCACGAUCCAUCCCAGACUGUGCGAAGUCCAGUUCUAGAGGAGUUUAGGGCGAAUAGCAAGGGGAAUAAACGAUAUGAACUUAAGGAUAUCUACAACCACGUCGUCGAAUUCAGUGGUGAUCAACAUGGAUCGCGUUUCAUCCAGCAGAAACUGGAAACGGCUAAUAGUGAUGAGAAGGAGCAGGUUUUCCGUGAGAUCCAGGGUGAUAGUCUGCAGCUGAUGACAGACGUCUUUGGAAAUUAUGUUGUACAGAAGCUCUUCGAGCAUGGCAACCAGACGCAGAAGAAGAUUUUGGCAAAUCAAAUGAAGGGACAUAUUCUGGCUUUGUCUACUCAGAUGUAUGGAUGUCGCGUCGUCCAGAAGGCCCUUGAGCAUAUCCUCACGGAUCAACAAGCUUCUAUGGUGAAAGAACUUGAACACCAUGUUUUGCGAUGUGUUCGGGACCAGAAUGGAAACCAUGUUAUCCAAAAGGCUAUUGAAAGAGUGCCAUCUGAGCAUGUUCAAUUCGUCAUCAAUGCUUUCAUUGGUCAGGUCGAGAAGUUAGCCACUCAUCCAUAUGGCUGUCGUGUCAUCCAACGGAUGCUGGAACACUGCAAGGAAGAGGAUCGCGAGGCGAUCCUUGCUGAGCUCCACGUCUGCACCGCCAAGCUGAUUCCCGACCAGUUCGGUAACUACGUCAUUCAGCAUGUCAUUGAGAAUGGCGAGGACAAGGACCGAACCCGUAUGGUGACAAUUGUUAUGUCAAACUUGUUGACCUACUCGAAGCACAAGUUUGCAAGCAACGUGGUGGAAAAGAGCAUCGAAUUCGGUCAAGAGUCUCAACGUCACCAAAUCAUCAGCAUGUUGACGUCCACCGAUAAUAAUGGGGAAAACCCCUUACUUGGCCUGAUUCGUGAUCAGUUUGGCAAUUAUGUCAUACAGAAGGUUUUGUGUCAGCUGAAGGGUGCAGAAAGGGACGCUCUUGUUGAGGAAAUCAAGCCUCUUCUCAGCCAGCUGAAGAAGUAUAGCUAUGGCAAACAAAUCGCAGCGAUUGAGAAACUAGUUGUGGACUCGAAUUCACCAACCAACGGCACCCUUCCUCAUACAACCUCUACCACACCGCCAAACUCGCACAAAUCCUCUCCCCAGCCAUCAAAGCGGGCUGUGAACGGCCUUGACGGCUGCCGAGCGCCAGUCGUGGGCGCGGCGCCCCCGACGCCGCCUCCAAUAGACACUCAGAGCAAUGGCGAUGGAUCCAGCGACACCAAGACCGUGACCAAGAGCACACCCCUCGCAGCAUCCGAGUCGGCUGGCACGACCCCGACUACUUCUGUGGAAAUCACCGGUGCCAACUAGAUUGCUAUGGCUUUCAAUUAUUCUUGCUUCUAUUGACAUAUUUUUAAACCUUUUCACGAUUCGCACACUCUAUUGUGUCGAGACACUCAACAUUAUUCUUAAUCCGGGCGUAUACAUACAGGCUUUCUGAGGGAUAUAUGAGCUAUCGCUUCGCUGU